AUGGAUCCAGAGGAUAUCCCGUCUCUCACUGCCUCACCCAUUCCAACGUUCAAGGUUCCCACAGAAGAAUUCAUAAUGGAUCCAGAGGAUAUCAUGUCUGAUAUCUCUGAUGAUGAAGUUGAAGAGCCGCAGCCCAAGGUCACCGACAAACAGAGAAGCCAGAAUGCUACGUUCACUGCACUCCUUGAACAACAUGUUGUCAACGGAUCUAUCGACGACCUUGAUGGGACAUAUACCGGGCCAUCGGAUGUGGAACUUUCCACAGCUCGUCUUAUCGCAAAGUCAGACAUGGGAGGGGGAGUCCUAGACCCCCGUGAGUACCAACUCGAGCUCUUUGAUAGAGCCAAGAGCGAAAACACGAUUGCGGUCCUCGAUACAGGUUCGGGAAAGACUUUAGUGGCUGUGCUCCUGCUCAAGUAUAUUCUGGAACUCGAGUUAAACAACCGUCAGAAUAAGAUGGAGCAUAAAGUGGCCUUUUUCUUGGUUGAUAGCGUCACCCUGGUCUUUCAACAGUCAGCAGUCUUGCGAAGAAAUCUCAACCAGAAGGUCGCCUAUUUCUACGGGAAUUUAGGGCCUGAUCUUUGGGACCAACAGACAUGGCAAAAGCAGCUUAAGUCGUACAUGGUCAUUGUAUGCACGGCAGAGAUCCUCAAUCAAGCCCUACUGAAUGGGCAUCUGAGGAUUGAUCAGGUCAACCUUUUGAUCUUUGACGAAGCCCAUCACGCCAAAAAGGAGCACCCUUACGCCCGCAUCAUCCGAGAUUCGUACUUGAAAGUAGAGCCUCACAAGCGACCCAGAAUUUUCGGGAUGACUGCUUCACCGGUUGAUGCUAAAUGUGACAUACCGACAGCAGCAUCCCAGCUUGAGACCCUUCUAUGCAGCCGCAUUGCCACAAUCUCGGAUCUUAGCCUCCUACGACAUUUCGUGAACACACCAACAGAGGAGGAAUGGGUAUACGAGAAGCUUCGUCCGUCGUUCGAAACAGACCUGCAUGUCGCUUUAAAGACCAAGUAUGGAGAUAUAUCGAUACUCGAGAGCGCGUUUCGGUUCGCAUCAGUUGCAAGCUCAGAGUUAGGGCCCUGGUGCGCUGAUCAGGUGUGGCGGCUAGCACUAGCAGACGACGUACUGCCCAAGCUCGAGGGCAGUAUCAAUAAAAAUGCCAACUCCGAUAUUCACUGCUCCGAGAAGGCCACUGAGGACAUCAGGCGUGUGCAGGAAGCUAAUCAGUUUGUCAAAGGCUACGUCGAAAAACAGCAAGUUUCGCCAAAGGAUCUUAGCUCGAAAGUUGAACUCCUGAUAACAAAGCUGGGAGAACAAUUCCUAAAGUUGCCAGAUACCAAAUGCAUUGUGUUCACGCAACGCCGCAAUACAGCCAAAGUUUUGUUGCAGCUGUGUGAAAAGUUGGAAAUCCCAAACCUGCGCCCUGAAGCCUUAGUUGGGGUUCGCAAAGGGGAUGCCCUGGGUAUGAACUCCACGUUUCGUCGUCAAUUUCUUAUCUUGUCCAAGUUCCUAAAAGGCGACCUGAACUGCUUGUUUGCAACUUCGGUGGCUGAGGAAGGUCUUGACAUCCCAGACUGUAACCUGGUGGUCCGGUUUGAUCUCUAUGAUACGGUCAUUCAGUACGUCCAAAGUCGCGGCCGUGCCAGGCGCGCUGACUCAGUGUACGCAACGAUGAUUGAAUUUGGUAACCGCACUCACCGCAUGAGACUACAGGAAGUCCGAAAGGAAGAGAACCAAAUGAGGAGCUUUUGCAAUCAACUACCGGACGAUCGAAAGCUCGGGGGGGACGAGGAGGAUUUGAAGCGCCUUAUCUGUGGAGAGGACAGGAAGAGGUCGUACACUGUCCCGGCCACUGGAGCCAAAUUAACCUAUCGCCAUGCGAUUGGUGUACUCGCAAAGUUUGCUAGUUCUUUGGUAAGAGCCACUCUCACAUAUGAUAUUGUCCUGUUAGAAACUGACAGUAUCAACCUUCAGCAAUAUCAGAAUGAGACCUCGGCCAGCGUCUCAUAUGUAGUCACUCCGGAGAGGGAUUUGUUCCGCUGUGAGAUAAUUUUGCCAGAGAAGUCCCCUGCCCGAGGGGUGGUUGGAUAUCCUGAACCAACGAAAGCACUUGCUAAGCAGUCCGCUGCUUUUGAUACAUGCUUGUUGCUCCGAAAGCACCGUCUGCUGGAUGACCACUUCAACUCAGUUUAUCACAAGCGCUUACCGGCUAUGCGUAAUGCCAAAUUGGCCAUUACAUCAAAAAGAACUGACCAAUACAGCAUGCGUACAAAGCCUUCAGUCUGGGCCAGACAGCAAGGAACCAUCCCAUCACGCCUCUGGGCGACAAGUAUUCGCCUCACUCCAUCAGCACCUCUUGUUCGAGCCCCCGGAAGCCUCGUCUUGCUGACAAGAGAGCCAAUUCCCCAAGCCCCGAUAUUCCCGGUCUACUUGGACAACGAUAUCAUGACCACAGUCCAGUCUUUGCGCAUCGACGGCUUCCUUGAGGUUUCAUCCCGAGAACUCGACAAGCUCACUUCUUUUACACUCACUGUCUUUCACGAUGUAUUCCACAAGACUUAUACUCCGGUCUCGGAACAGUUCCCGUACUGGCUUGCUCCUGCUCGGCAGGAUUUUGACGCAGGAUUGCCAACUAGUGCCUUUGAGGUAAUUGAUUGGAAGGCUCUGCAAUACGUCCAAGACUACCCAAAGAUUUUGUGGUCCCCGGAUAUGAAGCCUGAAGCAUUGCUAAAUCGGUUCAUCUACGAUGACUGGAACGGAAAGUAUCGAUAUUUCCCACUUGAUGUCGAUCCGAACCUACGCCCUACCGAUCCACCUCCUUCAUAUGCGCCAUCUCGAAAGUGGUCGGAUAACAUCAUGAAUUGGACAUUGAGCCUCAGCAAGAAUUCACGUCCAAAGUUCUUCGACCGAUGUAUCUGGGACCAACCAGUCCUACAAGCCGAACUGGUAUGUCUUCGGCGGAACUUCCUCGACAGAGCUGCCGCCGACGCCAAAGCAGCCAACUCAAGAUGUGUCAUCUGCCCUCAACCAUUGGUUAUAUCGCCGAUUUCUCUGCCGAUAGCUGUGACAUGCCUCGUUUUCCCAGCAAUCAUCACCAGAAUGGAGUCGUAUCUGAUUGCCGAUGAGGGGUGUACAAUGCUAGGCCUUCAUGACAUCAAGCUCGACCUUGCUCUGGAAGCGUUUACCAAGGAUUCUGACAAUACCGAAGAGCACCGGAGUCGACAGAUUCAUGUUCAGCGGGGCAUGGGGAAAAACUAUGAGCGUCUCGAGCUGCUAGGAGACUCCGUUCUCAAAAUGGCGACCUCAAUCUCGCUCUUCGCUCAAAAACCAGAAGAUGAUGAAUACGACUACCACGUGAAUAGGAUGUGCCUCGUCUGCAACAAAAAUCUGUUCAAAGCCGCGACUGAACUGAAGCUAUAUGAAUACAUCCGUAGCCGCGGAUUCUCAAGGCAUUUGUGGUAUCCUCCAGGUCUUUCGCUUGAGUACGGUCGGGACCAUGCCAAGUUCUUUACCACUGAAGCUAGACAUUCUUUGGCCGAGAAGACCAUAGCAGAUGUUUGCGAGGCACUGAUAGGGGCGUCGCUGCUAACUGGAGGAGUCGAUAAUCGUUAUGAUAUGGCCAUCAAAGCCGUGACCAUCUUCGUCAAUAGUCAGAGCCACACAGCAACAUCAUGGAAGGACUACAUAAAUGCAUACUCGCUGCCUGCAUACCAGACUACGGGAACUAAUGCAUUCGAAGGCGACCUUGCUGAUCAAGUGUUCGAGAAACUAGGCUACAGAUUCAAGUACCCUCGUCUUUUGCGGUCAGCUUUUACACAUCCAUCUUAUCCCAGUGCCUGGGCUAGUGUGCCAUGCUAUCAGCGACUCGAGUUUUUGGGUGAUGCUCUCAUGGACAUGGUGUGUGUGGAACACCUGUUUCAUCGCUUCCCAGAUCGAGACCCGCAAUGGUUAACUGAACACAAGAUGGCUAUGGUAUCCAACAAGUUCCUUGGCGCUCUGGCUGUCAAGCUGGGGCUCCAUCAUCAUCUCCAGCAUUUCAGUAGCCCGAUCCUGGUUCAAAAUACCAAAUAUGUGACUGAGAUAGAGUUCGCAGAGAAGGAAGCUAAGGGGGAGGUAGACUAUUGGCUGUCCACAUCCGAUUCACCCAAGUGCCUUCCUGAUAUGCUUGAGGCCUAUAUCGGCGCCAUAUUCGUCGAUUCAGGCUUUGACUUCACCAUCGUCGAGGCAUUCUUUGAGAAGCAUGUUCUGCCGUUCUUCCGGGACAUGUCCAUUUACGACACAUUUGCAAACAGGCAUCCUACAACAUUCCUUUAUAGCAAGAUGGCUCAGUUGUACCAAUGUGCUGACUACUGCUUGAAAUCAGGAGAGAUCCCUGGUGUGAGUGGAAAAACUUCCAGGGUCUAUGCGGUGGUCAUGGUGCAUAACCAGCUCAUUGCUGAAGCAACCUCUUCGUCGAGUCGGUACGCUAAGGUGAAGGUUAGCAGCAGGGCAUUGGCUGUUAUUGAAGGACUGUCCGUUUCUGAGUUCCGGAAGAGAUACAACUGCGAUUGUCAAAUUGAGCAGAUCGAUGGGAACGGCUCAGAUAUUGGCACAAAGUUCGGAACGGCAAUCUGA